GGCAGUGCUGUUGGUCCGUUUGGGAGCGCAGGGCGCACGGUGCGGCGCUGCCUCUCCGCAGCGUCCAAGAGUCUUCCUCCUCAUCGGACAGGCGACAGAAACGACAGGUCGACCCACCGCACGCACCGCAGCCGCGCUCUGACCCGAGCAGAUGACUGGAGGGAUUGAAACGGAGACGGGACCAUGUCAGCGGGGCUUGUGUAGACUGGAGAGCCUGGAAGGCCAUUAACAUUACUCCCCUCUUCUUCUCCGGUGGAAAGCUAGAAGCGCGUAGCGGUUUAUCUGCGGAACAGUAGGCUCCGGCAGAUUAUUGAACCGCACCAAGGCUGUGCGAGCUAAUGGGAUUGACAAACUAACGUUAGUUAUCUGCGGCUGAAAGCAGCGACGGCAGCUUUCUGAGAGAACACGGUGCUGUUCAUGUUUGCCUCAGUUAUCGUGGAGAUGAAACAUCAUGCCCGAGCCUGAGAGACGAAUAUCAUCAGGCGAGUUGCGUCCUGUGAACCAUCCACUAAAACCUCAUCCUGACGCAUGUUUGAGAUGGUGAGUCACGCCCUCUCUCUCCCAGAUUGUCUCGGUGAAUAGCCGGCUGCACAAAGCCGCAAGGAUCUCGGUUCAGCUGGUAAAUAAAACCCUCUUACUUCUGCAAAGCGUGGGAGAAAGUGCCACUGCGGUGCUGGUGUGCCAUCUCUGUAGGCUGAUAACCGGGGAGGGGGGAAAGCGGCGUUGAGCGAUCAUCUUUCACUCGGAGCCGCUCACCUUUCAUGCCUUGGCCCCGGAGCCAGCUGUCAGGGCUGGACUGUCAGCGGGGACGCAGGGAGACGCUCACGUGGACGCAGUGAGCCGCGGAGCUGCAGAGACCGCCGGUGCAAAGGGUCCAGUCCUCGUGAGACUGAAGAUUCAUACAUGAGGGAAACGUCAGGUUAUUGUUUGGAUGGACUUGCAGGACUGAAACGCUUUGACUUGCUUUGACUUGACCAGGGCCGAGCAGGGAGAGCUGCUGUUGAUUCUUCUGCUUUAUGAGUUUUCAUCUCUGGGAGAGCGCGUCCGAGUGGCAGAGGGAGCCAGCAUGGCCAAGCCUCUGCUGAAGAUACAGCGCUACUUUCGCAGGAAGCCCGUCCGAUUCUUCUCCCUCAUCCUGCUCUACCUGACCGCGGGCAGCCUCGUCUUCCUGCACGCUGGCUUCGCGGGGGACAGCGGCCCCGGAGCCCGGGGCGGCCGGGACUCUGUUGUCGCUUCGGAGAUGGGCAGCCGGACGUCAUCGUCAGACACCAGGGUGCUCGGCAUCAUGAGUCGAGUGUUUAAGGAGACGCGCAGGUCUGGCCGGAGGUAUGGGCCUCCUUGGAUGAAAAAGGCCGGAAAGGAGGGCCAGGAGACGCUUCGCCGAGGGGGAGACUACACCAGCAACUGGAACCGUGCCCUUAAAGGACGCAAUGCCAAAGACAUGGACGAUGGAAGAGCUAAGUACAUUGGCUGCUACAUUGAUGACACUCAGAAAAGAGCUCUGAGAGGAGUUUCCUUUUUUGACUACAAAAAAAUGACUGUAUUCCGUUGCCAGGACAACUGUGCAGAAAGGGGUUAUAUGUACGCGGGCCUGGAGUUUGGAGCGGAGUGCUACUGCGGCCACAAGAUCCAGGCGCCCAACGCCUCAGAGAGCGAAUGCAACAUGGAGUGCAAAGGCGAGAAGAGCAACCUGUGUGGAGGAGCCAACAGACUGUCGAUCUAUAGGCUGGAGCUGAGCCACGAGUCAGCGCGGCGCUAUGGCAGUGCAAUUUUCAAAGGGUGUUUCCACAGGCCAGAAAACGUCACACUGGCUCUUCCUUUCAGCGCAGUCAUCCAAAACAUGUCCGUGGACAAGUGUGUGGACAUGUGCACGGAGAGGGAGAAAUCGCUGGCUGUCCUGGCUGGAGAUCGUUGUCACUGUGGCUUCCCGACCCCGCUCUUCUCCCUGCACGAGCUGGAAGACGAGAGCAUGUGCCUCCAUCGCUGCCACGGGGAGGAGUUUGAAAGCUGCGGAAACGACAAGUUCUUUGUGGUCUACCAGACACAAGUUCAAGACAACCGCUGCAUGGAUCGCCACUUCCUCCCCACUCGUGCUAAGCAGCUGGUGGCCCUCGCCAGUUUCCCUGGAGCGGGCAACACCUGGGCUCGCCACCUCAUAGAGCUCGCCACGGGCUUCUACACCGGCAGCUAUUACUUUGACGGCUCCCUCUACAAUAAAGGAUUUAAAGGUGAGCGUGACCACUGGCGGAGUGGGAGGACGAUCUGCAUUAAGACACAUGAGAGCGGCAGGAAGGAGAUAGAAGCAUUUGACUCCAGCAUCCUCAUGAUACGGAACCCUUACAAAGCCCUCAUGGCAGAAUUUAACCGCAAAUAUGGAGGACAUAUUGGAUUUGCCUCCCAGGCCCACUGGAAAGGGAAAGAGUGGCCCGAGUUUGUCAAGAAUUACGCCCCGUGGUGGGCAUCCCACACGUUGGACUGGCUCAAUUAUGGGAAGAAUGUCCACGUGGUCCACUUUGAGAAUCUGAAGAGGGACCUGUUCUCCCAGCUCAAGGGCAUGGUCCAGUUCCUGGGUCUGAAGGUUUCUGAGGACCGCCUGCUCUGCGUCGAGGGCCAAAAGGAUGGAAACUUCAAGCGGUCGGGGCUACGUAAGCUUGAGUACGACCCGUACACUCCCGAAAUGCGAGCAAACAUCAAUGAGCUGAUCAGAACAGUAGAUGCCGCCUUGAAGAAAAGAAACAUGUCUGGAGUUCCAGAGGAUUACAUGCCAAGAUGAUAAACGUGAUCGAAUUGUGCUCCGUUUUUUUUUUUUCCUACUUUAAAUGGACUGCUUUGUCAACAGACUCUGCGUUAUUUUUUGUUGUCUUAUACCAAUUAACUUGUUUAUUUCAGUCACAUAGGUUGAAGAUGUAGUGAGAAGACACCAGUCUCUUAAGCCACCUUUGAUUUUUUUGUAAUUUUUUUCUUUUUGUAUUUUCUGUUUAACAUCAGCAGGUUCGUGGAUUCAUUCAGUUUUAUCCAGGAAAGUUUGUUUUUCGUCUUAUUAUGAAUGAAAAGCACUUCUUAUCCUGCUCUAUGCACAUGUGCUGUGUGGGCGUGUGCACAUGCCUUAACACAGAGAAGGUACAAUAGCUGUGACUACAGAGAGGCUCGUCUGUGCUGGGUAAUUUGUUGGCAGCGAAUAAAACAUUUAACCCAAAAAAUAUAAUACAAUACUGCAAAGUGUGUUGUAUGAGCUUAUUUUGUGCAAAAACAGAAAAGAAUAUUAUGAGAAAUAAAACAUUAAAUUUUCUGCUGCUACCACAGUUACACAACUAUUUUAUAUACUGUAUGAAAAUCACAGAAAACUUUAAAUCUCUUCAUUAGAGGAAAAAUGCAAUAUGCAAGGUUUAACUACCUGAUGAUGAUGAUGAUGAUGAUGAUGAUGAUGAUGAUGAUGAUGAUGAUUAUGAUGAUACUGUGUGUUUCCAAGUUUCUGUAACUUUCUCCACUUACUGUUUGUUAGAGACGUCAUGUUUUUGAUGAUCAAGAGGUGAGGAGUUAAAUUUUUUUCUCCUUGUAACCAAGGAAGUGAAUAAUCCCUCUUGAAGGCACUGACUCAAGAAAAGAGGAAGAGAGGAGGAUUACUGUCUCAGCGUUUAUUUAUCUCGGAUGUGCAGUGCACACAUGAACUCAAUUGGUUGUGAAUAUGUUUUCUUAACACUGGACUUGAUGCAAAAAUCCAAAAAGCACAUCACUGUGCAACACCUUCCCCAAAGAUCACUGAGGAAUUAGGCAAUACACUUAUAUAAUAGAUUGAAGGUUACCUUUAGUAGUAGUGCUGUAGAUUUAUUUAUGACAACUAAUCAUACUGAAUGUGAUUUUUUUUUUCUUUUUUAAAUUAUUGCUUUGUUGUAUGAAAAGCUCUGAAACCGGUGAAGCUAGAAUUUACUCUUCCUAAUUAAAAAAAAAAAAAAAAAAAGAUCUCCAGGAAAAAAAACAAACAAACAAAACAACAGUAAUCCAAAUCUAUAAGCAGCACGUAUUUCAACGGUACUCAGUUUGCUCUGCCAUAUGCUUAAAAAUAAAUAGGCAAGUUUAGUAAAACUAAACAUAAAACAACACUUGUGAAAGGGAGCCAGGAAUCGUGACCUGGUCUCCAUUUUAAGUACAACAUAAAUCUAUUUUUGUAACGUGUCCAGACACAUCAGAAGCAUUUGUAUUGCAAAGAGUAAACACAGAAAGCUGUUUCUAUUUUUAACACAUGCUUUAAACUUUAUUGGCUGUUGCUUUCAUUGAUGAGCUGGCACUUAUUGAACGGGUGUCACCUUUGAAUGUAUUUUCUAUGGAAUGAAUGUAAUGUAGUAAGGCCCAAUAAAUGAAAUAAAUAAA